UCAGGAAACUUAGAGUGAAAGUUAAUGAAGUGAUCAAUUUAACGUGUGAAGAACGUAUUGUGGUUGAUUUUGAUUACUUGGACGAACCAUUUGGAGAUGGGCGCGGCCUUCUUUCACGCUUUUGUGGAAUUUUGGCGUGUGACUGCUCUUUAUUUCCAAUCAACUUUGAGAAAUGGUUAAGUUUACCUAUUUCAUACUUCAACCGCGUCUUCGAUCAAAUUAUAAAGCCCAAGUUCUUCUUUAGGACAACCGAGUCAGUUGCAAUGGGACAUAUCUAUAAAUCUAUUGGAAAGAAGUGGGCUGCAAAUAAAAAUAACUUGUGGAGGACACAUGAAGACCUGCUUAAAAGUAAAACUGAGAUUAUUGAAAGUGUGCCGGAUGGGAUUCCACGUGAUCAAUGGAUUUCUUUUGUUGAUUACCAAUAUAAAGAUUCAACAAAGGCAAUGUGUUUAAGAAAUGCUGAAAAUCGAAAGAAACAGACUAUAGCACACACAGACGGCUCCAAAGCGAAUGCUACGAGAAGGGCUGAAAUGAUGGCUCAGACUGGACAAAGGCCUGGACGAGCACAAAUAUACCUUGCUACUCAUAAAAAUCAAGAUGGAGUAUAUGUUAAUGAAGCAGCAAAAGAAAUAUGCGAAAAAAUUGAGUUAGCUUUAAGCCAAAGCACCAUAGACGAGUCUCAAAUUUCGCGAAAUGAUGCCGUCGGCAAGGUGCUAGGAGAAGAGCACUCUGGGAGGGUGAGGUGCUUGGGAUUAGGACCUGUCCCCAGUAAAGUUUUUAGACAAGCAAGACCUCGUUUCAGUGGUAUAAGUGCUUCAAUCAGUGAAGGUUCAUGUUCGUCCCAAUGUCAACAGAACCAUAAGCAAAUGAUGAAUGCUCAGGAAAAAAUGAUGAAUGCUUUCAAGGCAUAUAUGAUAAUGAAAGAAGGGACGAUACCAGAACAGUUUGCGGGGUUCUUUGCUUCUUCUUCGGCGGUUUCUCCUACAACACCAAGUGAUGCGGCUAGUGGAUCCCUUUCGCCCAUGGAUGCAAGAAGAUCAUGCGGUGAUAGUAAUCCUAGUGACAACCGUUGAUUUCAUUGUAUUGUUUGGUAGGAACGGAUGUUAGAACGCUGGAGUGAAUGUAUUGUGUUUAAAUUUAGUUUUUGAGUGAUCUGAUAAUGCUACUUAAAUUUUUAGUUUAAAAAACUAAUGGUACUUUAUGAUAACAUUUGUGAUUUUACGAUA